AUGUUGGAGAUCAAAAUGACGGUGAUGAUGACGGAGAAUGUGAAGAUGGAACAUAACGUGAUGGAGAAAGAUGAUGAUUAUAACGAUGUUGAUGACAAUUAUGGUGUUGAUGACGUUGACAGACACCGACCAUUCCCCCGGCUAAGUAGCGCCGUUCUUCAGCGCUCCACAAGGCCUUAUUGGCUCCUGGGGCUGCAAUAUCUUGCUGUUCAUGUGUUCUGCAGCGUGUUAUUGCAGCGCGUGACGCCCCGUGUGUAUGUUACAGUGGACGGCGGGACGGAGGCGGAGAUCCUGAAGGCGCUGGACGAGGCGGCGGCGGAGGGCGCCUGGGGCUACGUGCCCCUCAGCGGCCCUUACAUCGACCCGCAGCAUUCGGGGAACGUGACGGCGCAGGUGGGGGCGACGGCCGUGCUCAACUGCCGCAUCCUGUACAUCGUCGGCAAAACGGUGUCUUGGAUGCGAACCCGCGACCUCCACCUCCUGACGGUCGGGCGGUUCACGUACACCAGCGACCAGCGGUUCAAGGCGGUUCACCAGAGCGGCUCCCAGGACUGGCUUCUCAAGAUCCACUACGUGCAGCACCGCGACGCCGGCCCCUACGAGUGCCAGGUGUCCACCACGGAGCCGCUGACGCACACCGUGUGGCUCUCUGUUGUGGAACCCCAGACGACCGUGUUCGGCGGCCCCGACCUCUACAUCGACGCCGGAUCGGUCAUCAACCUCACCUGCCUCGUCAAGUACAGCCCCGAACCGCCGCCCUACAUCUUCUGGUACCACGAUGAGGAG